AUGGACCCAAAUAUCUCGGCAUCCGCUCUGGGUGAGCCACACCACCUUGGCAUCGGCUUCUACCUCCUCCCCUUCGCCACGUUCCUCUGCUUCCUCGUCCCGGUCCUCUACAUCUUCCCCCCCAUCCCGGCCACCACCAGCGACGCCCUACGCUCAACCCACACCAAGAUUGGCGUCUCGCCGCCAAAGAGCAACCUCCGGGACCAGUACUCCGUCAAGGCCGACGCCGGCAGCACUUCCAAUGCCGGCACCGGCACCGGGCCCGUCGCCCGGGUCAAGGCGCUCUGCGUCUACCCCAUCAAAUCAUGCCGCGGAAUCGAAGUGACCCGGAGCAAGCUCCUCCCGACGGGCCUGGAAUUCGACAGGCUGUACACUUUCGCGCAGCUCAAGUCCCGCUUCCCGGCCGCCGUGGACGACUCGGCCGAGGCGAAGGACGAACACACCUGGGAAUUCGUCACGCAGCGCCAGUUCCCGCUCCUCGCGACCAUCAAGGUAGACGUCUACGUGCCCGACGCGACCAAGUCCACAGUCUUCAUGGAAAAGUCCUCCGACGCGUGGAUCGUGAUGCGGUUCCCCUGGCGGGAACCGGGGUUCCGGGGCACCAUGUCGUGGGUGGCGUCCAAGAUCCGGGACGGGUGGAGGGGCCAGCCGGAGAUGGAGGUGUUGUUGCCGGUCGAGUUUCCGACGGACGCGGAGAUUGCGGAGCGCGGUUACACGCGCGAGGACGUCAAGGUGUGGAAGGAGGUCGUGCCGGCUCUGAAUAUGGAGAAGGAGUUGCCGGGGGAGCUGUGUCGGUAUUUGGGGGUGAGCAACAAGCUGGCGCUGUUCCGGGUUGAUCCGGGGCAGUUGAGGGAGGUGUAUCGGUGUGCGCCGAGGAAGGAGGAGGCUGGGUAUCAACCUAUUGUUGGAUUCCAGGAUGCUUAUCCCCUGCAUAUCAUGAACAUCAGCAGUCUCCAGGACUUUGACGCCAAGGUGCCCAAGGACGACGAACUCAAGCAUCUCGAUGUCAGGAGGUUCCGGUCCAACAUCAUUGUCUCUGAUGCGCCAGCCUACGAUGAGGAAUCAUGGAAAUGGGUCAACUUCACCCAGGGCACCUCAAAGGUCACCGUCCCGGCCAAAUUCCAAGUCUCGUGCCGUACCGUUCGCUGCAAAAUGCCUAACGUCGACCCAGUAACCGGCGCCCGCCACGGCGCCGAACCGGACCGGUCCCUCCGCAAGCUCCGCGAUGUCGACGAGGGCGCCCCGCGCAUGGGGUGCCUCGGCAUGCAAAUGUGCCCGCUCUUCGAGGGCACCGAUCGCGUCGAGUACAUGCAGGCCUGGCUCGAGGUCGGCAUGGACGUAUCCGUGCUUGAGCGCGGCGACCACGUGUACAUCAAGCAGUGA